AUGAGGUUAAUUAUACUUAUACUGGUCUUUACUGCUACAUUAAACGACUACAGCAGCGCUAAUACCAGAAAGGAAGAGCUCAUUGACAAAACGGAAAUGGAGAUUAUCGAGAGGAUCAGAGACAUGGGUGAUGAAGCACUUCAAACGUUCCACCUCUCACCCGAGGCAAUGGAAAAGUUGGAAGAAUUUAGGCAACUGCCAACAAUGGAGCUCGAUCACUUGAAUCCACAGGGAGACUACAUUGACGAGAUCAACAAAAAAGACAAAGUAGACGAGAAGCUUUUUCAGGGUGAUAUCUACCUUACUAAGGAGCAAGGCAAGAUCAUCAUCAGCGAACUUGAAGAGGAAUUAGAAGGUACCAACCGGAGAAAACGUCAGGCGUUCAGAGACAAAGAGGGCGUGAGGCUGUGGAAAAAUCAUACUGUGCCCUACUUUUUCAAUGAGAGUCUAAAUGAAAAAGGCAGGAGGGCCUUUUUGAGAGCAGCUGAGAUGUGGACAAAAGACACAUGUAUAGAAUUCAGAGAAGAUGUCAACGAGACAGCUCAAGAAGUCCUAGAAGUGGAGGCAGGGGAAGGAUGUUGGUCGAACCUGGGAAAAAUAGGAGAAUGGCAAUUCAUAUCUCUAGCAGCUGGAUGUGAAACCACCUCUAUCGCCGCUCACGAAAUCGGUCAUAUUCUCGGAUUUUACCACACUAUGUCGAGGCACGAUCGCGAUAAAUACAUCAUAGUAGACUUAGAUAACAUUAAGAAGGAGUGGCAUAGUGAAUUUGUUUGGCGGACAGAAGAAGAAAAUGAUAACUUUGGACUGGACUACGACUACGGUAGCAUUAUGCACUACCGCGCAUCCGAGUUAGUUUGGAUAUUUUUCGAUGUCAAUUUCACGUUUUCCCAAUUUGCUUGUAUAAAAGAUUUCGAGUGGUCAUUUCACGAAAUGUUAUGGUUUCAUUGUUUUCUUGCAAUGCUACAAUGA